GGUUGCACAUAACACAGAGGUCUAAAACUGAGUAGACGUGUCAUUUUAAAUUGAAUGUUUGGUUUCCUGCAGGGAGAAGAUUGUUUCGUUUGUAUUUCUGUAUUUUACAGCAGGUGCAUGCUUGAUGGCGACUUUUAAAGAACUAGAGGUCAGAAUCCAACAACUGGAAGAAGAACUAGCCACAGAGAGAAAUAAACGAGGAUGUUCUGAUGACCAAAGCCACAGACCUAAGAUUGAAAAAAUGAGCGCUGAAGUGUUGGAUUCUAACCCUUACAGCCGACUCAUGGCUCUGAAACGAAUGGGAAUAGUAGACGAUUAUGAGCGAAUUCGUUCAUAUGCUGUUGCAGUAGUUGGUGUUGGUGGAGUUGGGAGUGUGACUGCUGAGAUGCUGACAAGAUGUGGCAUUGGUAAGCUGCUGCUGUUUGAUUAUGACAAAGUUGAACUGGCAAACAUGAAUCGACUCUUCUUUCAGCCCCAUCAAGCUGGUCUAAGCAAAGUAAAAGCAGCAGAGCACACUCUUGGAAAUAUUAACCCUGAUGUUCAGUUUGAAACACACAACUACAACAUCACAACGUUAGACAAUUUCCAACAUUUCAUGACAAGGUUAAGUAAUGGUGGACUGUUGGAGGGGAAGCCAGUUGAUCUUGUCUUAAGUUGUGUAGACAACUUUGAAGCACGUAUGGCAAUCAACACAGCUUGUAAUGAACUUGGCCAAGUUUGGAUGGAAUCUGGUGUCAGUGAAAAUGCAGUCUCUGGGCAUAUUCAAUUCAUUAUACCAGGAGAAACUGCCUGCUUUGCGUGUGCUCCUCCACUUGUAGUUGCUGCUAACAUUGAUGAAAAGACAUUAAAGAGAGACGGAGUUUGUGCAGCUAGUUUGCCCACAACUAUGGGAGUCGUUGCAGGAAUUCUUGUGCAGAAUGUUCUGAAGUACCUUCUGAAAUUUGGCACAGUCAGUUACUAUUUGGGCUACAAUGCAAUGCAGGAUUUUUUUCCCACAAUGAUCAUGAGGCCUAACCCUAAUUGUGAAAAUAAAGAAUGCGUAAAACGUCAAGAAGAAUACAAGAAAAAAGACUUAGCCCAUCCAAAACAAGAAACCACAGUGGAAGAAAAAGAAGUUGUUCAUGAAGAUAAUGAGUGGGGCAUUGAACUGGUAUCAGAAAUAUCUGAGGAAGAAUUAAAAGCAGCUUCUGGGCCAGUGCCUGACCUUCCGGAAGGAAUAACAGUAGCUUACACUGUUCCCAUUAAGGAUGAAACAGCUGCUGCUGGAGACACUGUAGAGGACUCUGAACAAAGCCUAGAAGAGCUCAUGGCCAAGAUGAAGAGCAUGUAGUGACAAUACCAAUUAUUUAAUUUUUAGACUCAAUAAAAAUCUUAAACAUAACAAGUGUGGACAUAAAGUGCCUGAUUACUCUGAAUUCCUUACAACAUAAGCUGUCACAGCUGUUAAGGAUGAAGUUGCCAGUUACAUUGAACAUUUACUUUUUAUCUUGGCAUGCACAGGCCAGCCUAACUAAUAUUUUUGUAGCCAUAAAGUGAACUGGUCUUUCAGCUGCUGUUUAUGAUGCAGUUUUCCAGUCUUUGAAUGAUUAAUACAUCACUAUCCAGGUUUAGACAUGUAUUUGGAUAGCUGGGAGUAGGCUGUCUCCAAGGAUGUAGUGUUUGGCAUGAUUUAUUUUUAGUACAUGCCUUGUAUCUGUAUGCCUGACACUGGUUAGGAAAGGAAAAACACAUGAUAUGCAUGAAGUGUUAGCACACUGUUGAAAUAUCUUUAAAAAAAAAAAAGUAAUGAGGGAGAAGACAAGUUAGUCUUUGUGCCAUCUUCUGAGUGACCCUAUAUGGUAGAAUGAAGUUGCCUCUGUCCUCCUGCUAUCUGCAUUUUUUUAUUUAUCUUUCCAUGCUGUUUCAUGUCAGAGGAUAAAUAAAUGUUUUGUGUAGGAUAGUAAAUGGAAAAGUUUAAAUGCAAGCGAACUCGUAGGAUACUAGUGCCAAAGCAGAGGGGCACAAAAUGUGGAUGAAAUGGUUCUUGCUCUUACUCAAUAAACAUUCCACAUCAUAUGUAAGGAGACCACAAAGAACUAGGAUGUAUUUCACUUUGUGUUAAAUUAUUGACCUCUUUGUUUUACAUAGUUUGUGUUUUUAUAGUAAUUUUAUGCUUGAAUGUUUGCUGCCUGAUCUUUUUUGACUAAUUUCAACUUAUAUGUGGAAAAGCAUGCAUUUGCUACAUCAGAUGCUAUUUUCUAGUAGAAUUCAGUUUAUGUUGUAAACUGCAAUGCCUGUAGAAUAAAAACAGCUUUCAUGAUAUUACUUCUCAUUAAGUUCAGUUGCAAAGUGAAUAAUGUUGAAGUAAAAAAAUAAAUAUAAGCGUCUCAUGACA